UAAAAAUAAAAGACUUUUAGCAUAUAAAAUAAAUAUAAAUCCAAGUCGUAUUUAUAAAAGUAUUUAUGCAUAUACUGUAAUUUUAUGUACCUAUAAGGAGUUCACAAACAUAACUUGCAUAAGUAUAACUACAUAAUGCAAAACAUUAUGCAUGUGAACAAAAUUGUUGUCAGAUGAAACGAGAGCAAUACCUUUGUGAAUUGUGAAAUUCGCACGUCACUUUGAAGCCGCUACAUAUUGUUUGGAAUGUUCUAGAAAAUUUCUCAUACAUUCAAAUCUAUGCAACUGAUCAGCGGCAACCAAUACCAAUAUGCAGUCUGGAUACAUACCCGUGUGCAAAAAAAAAUGACGGACUGACUAUGUCAAUUUUGUAUGAAAACUCACUUUAUUUGCACACGGGAUGUCCCAUUUACAAUUGGUGGGCUGUUCUGUUGUCCACCGGUUGCGCUUGUUUGUGUAUUAUGUACAUAUCAUAUACUAUAUGAUCACUGAUAUGUAUAUUCGAAAUUCUCAAAACGCGCCAUAAAAAGAAUCGUUCAUUCUGUUAGUAUUUCGAUACGUAAAGACAAAUAAAUUGUUAAAUUUGAUUUCCGACUUGAAUAUUAUUAGGAAUAUUCAAAAAUUUGUGAAAAGUACUGAUCAAAUAUAAAGAUUUAUUGCAAUGGGCACGAGUUCCAGCUCAAAAAUUUACAAUCCCAAAUAUUCACUGAUUGGAUGUGAAAAAUUGUAUUUAAACGCCCAAACUGCUGACGUUUAUUUCAAUCCAAAAAGUGAAAAAGAUGCUAUUAUUCCAGCUCAUAAAAACAUCUUGUCAUCAAAUAGUUCAGUGUUCCAUGACAUGUUUUAUGGUCCAUCUAAAAUAGAAAAUAACAUAAUUAUUAUUCCAACAACUGCGGAACUAUUCAAAGAAUUUUUGCAAUUCUUUUAUUUAAGCCAAGUAGAGAUAACUGCAGAAAAUGGUCCUGAAUUGAUGAAGCUGUGUAAUGAAUACAAGUUGGAUUUGCGUUGGAAUCAAAAUAUAUUAGCGUGCCAUCGUGUUGACCGUUUCACCACAUCAUCAUCUCAUUAUUACUUGCCAGCUACUAUUUCCGAUCAUUAUUUUUAUGAUUGCACUGUUUUUUCGUCGAAUCAAAAAUUGUUUCUCGAAACAAUUCAUUUUAGUAAAUUAUUUUCUAAUGGUGAUUUUGAUGAUAAUCCUGAACCGGUAACAAUGAAAAUAAUUGAACAUUUCAGUGGAAAUAUCGAUAAAGGUAUUGCUUAUCGUCAAGAAAUUACAUUUAAUGCAUCGCAUGAGACGAUUAUUAAACUUCCACGUCAUAUCGAAAUUAUGCCAGAUAUUAAAUACGGAAUUCUACUCGAAAUGAAGCGAACAAUAAAACUUCUUUCAUCAAGCAAAUCAUAUUACAACAUUCUUUCUCAUAAGCCCAAAGUUGAAAUCGACAAAGAUAUUUUCAUUGAGUUUCAUGAUUCAGUUGUGAACUAUGACAGAGUACUCCUGAUUCCACUUUCAAUCACGUUUGAUAAAAAGAAUGGACUUGUUACACAACUUCAAUUUACAAAGUAGCUUUUAUAAAAUUAUAUUUGAUUUAAAAUGUGCAAGAGGUAUGGCAUAUCAUGCGUUGUAGUAGGGCUAUAGUAUAUAGUAACACUGCAUACUUGUUUUUUUUUUUUUAAGUUAGCUCAUUCUUUGAAAUAUUCGAUUUAGCAAAUUAUCUAAAAUAAUAAAAAUUAUUAAAUAAAUAAUUAUCAAUUAAUUAAUUAAGUAAUACCUUACGAUAUAGGACCUCCAUUUAUUUUACU